ACUGGCGCACGACCCUCGAAGUAAUUGACGUCCCCGCCGCGCCAUCUUUAGAAAACACUGAGCUCAACACUGAAUGAAACUUCGGUUUCGUCGUUUGUGAGAGCUGUUCGCUGCAUGGAGUGAUAGCCCUGCUGUUCCAGGUGUUUUAGUAAAUCAUGGGGAUCAAGGUUCAGCGCCCUCGCUGCUUCUUUGACAUUGGAAUCAGUAAUGUGCUUGUUGGUAGAGUUGUAGUGGAGCUGUUUGCUGACAUCUGUCCCAAAACAUGUGAAAACUUCAGAUGCCUCUGCACAGGUGAGAAAGGCAUCGGUAAAGGAACUCAGAAACCCCUGCACUACAAAGGAUGCCUUUUCCAUCGUGUUGUAAAAGACUUCAUGAUUCAAGGAGGAGACUUCAGUGAAGGUAAUGGAAGAGGAGGCGAAUCCAUCUAUGGAGGCUUUUUUGAAGAUGAAAGCUUUGCUGUUAAACACAACAAGGAGUACCUGCUGUCUAUGGCCAAUAGAGGCAAAGAUACAAAUGGAUCACAGUUUUUCAUAACAACAAAACCCUCUCCACAUCUGGAUGGUGUUCAUGUGGUUUUUGGUCAUGUGAUCUCUGGCCAAGAGGUUGUUCAAACUAUGGAGAACCAGAAAACGGAUCAUAACAGCAAACCGUAUGCUGAGGUGAAGGUUUUGAACUGUGGAGAGCUUGUCCCAAAAUCUAAAGCAAAGAAAGAUGCAAAAAAGAAAGAGAGAGCCUCCUCCAGUUCCAGCAGGAGCUCCAGUGACUCGAAGAGCUCCUCAGAAUCAUCCUCAGACUCCGAAGAGUCAGAAAAAGAAUCUAAGAAGCAGAAGAAGAAGGCAAAGAAGCUUAAAAAGAAACAGAAAAAGAAGGAGAAGGAAAGGUCAGAAGCAGAAAGUGCCGAAGAGAAAGAACAAGAAGAGUUGGUUACGUCUACUGUACGUCCCGAAGAAAUACCGCCCAUCCCUGAGAAUCGAUUCCUCAUGAGGAGAAGCCCCCAGACAGUGCAGAAGUCAAAAGAGGAGGUUGAGAAGGAUCAGAAAAAUAAAGAGGAAAGAUCAAGAGACAGUACUGGCAUAACUUAUAAUUCUCAGUCAUCAUAUCACAGAAGACUAGUGAUGACUCGAUCCGGCAGGAAGAUUAAAGGCAGAGGUCCAAGGAGAUACCGCACUCCGUCACGCUCUCGUUCAAGGUCUAGGGAUCGCUUCAGACGCAGUGAAACUCCUCCACACUGGCGUCAGGAGAUGCAGCGUCAGAGGAUGAGGGCAGUCACAGGGGAGCGCUGGAUUAAGGGUGACAGGAGCGACAUGAACGAAUCUAAGGAUGAAGCGGCUAAGCGUCUCUCUCCAAAAAGAGAGAGACGGAGCUCUGCCACAAAGCAUGAACACUCAGCUGAGGGUAAAAAAGACAAGAAGAGUCGGUCUCACAGAUCUAAAAGCAAAGAAGAGAACACUGAAGAAAAGGAUGAGAAGCAUAGCAAACAUAAGGCAAAGAAAAGGGAUAAAUCUCAUAGCCGCAGUAAGAGCCGAGAAAAGAGUCGCAGGUCAAAGAGCAGAGAUAAGAGUCACAAGCACAAAAGUGAUGACAGAAGAGGUCGCUCGAGGAGCAAAGACAGAAAUGUUAAUAAGAAAGAAAAAGAGUCCGAAUCAGAUCACAAUAAAGAUAGAAAUAAGGGUCAUGAAUCCGAUAAAAAGAAUAAAGAAGACACAAAAGGGAGAAACAGAGAGAGAACGAGGACAAAGUCAAAAAGCAAGGAAAGGGCAAGUACAAAAGAUGAGCACAGAUCAAGCAGCAGAAACAGGGAUAGAGGUGGACAUGCAGCAUCAAAAGACAAAGAAGAAAAAAGAGAUAAAGACAGAGAGAGGGCCAGAGAACGCAGCAGGAGUCAGGAGAGGCGACACAACAGUGACAGAGAGAAUAAGAGACGACGGACAUCCAGGGAUAAAGAACAUCGGACGAGAAGUCCAGACAGAAGUAAGACCAGAGACUCACAUAGAGGCAGGCGCUCUAGAAGCAAGAGUGGUAGGAGAGACCACAGCAAAGAUCGAUCCUCUCAUAGGAAAGAUCGAGAAACUGGUGGCCAAAGGAGGAGACAUAGCAGCAGUUCUGAGAGCGACCGAGAAGAAAAAAGGAAGAGUCAACGGAGCCCAGAUUCCAAAAGACGAGCAAAAAGCGCUUCCAGAUCCAAAGACAGAAGAAGCCCGGCCAGACCAAGACCAGAUAGUACAAAAGGCAAAGAUAAAAAUGACAGCAAGAAGAAUCAGUCGAGCUCCAGCUCCAGCUCUGACAGCGACUGAACCACCAGCAGUCCUCAAUCAGUACAAAAAAAAACAAAAAAAAAAAACACAGUUCUGCUGAAGCUCACGUGGUUCCACAAGUCUUUGAAAGCUAUUUUCCAAGCUGUUGAACUACAGCAGACAGAAAUCAUAGAGAAAAGGCCUGGAAAAGUAACUACAAACAUUUUCAUAAUUACAGACUGUGUGGCAUCAUGUGGGCUUUAGCUGAACUGUGGUGGAUGAACACUGUUGCUGGGUAGCUGAAGCUCCAAAGCCAGUUUAAAGAAAAGGAUUUGUGACUGGAACUCACAGCAGCUGUAAAGGUAUUCUUCAAAUUUUCCCUAGAAAGUCAGACUGAAGGUUGUUUUCUUUUAAGAUUUUUGGUAAAUUAUAUUUUGGCUUUACAGUAGCUCUGAUUUCAGACCAUUUCUUUACAAAAAAAAGAAGGAAAAAAGAUUUUAUUGGUAAGCCCACCUUCAUCAGUGAGAUAUUUUUACACGUCGGCCAUAAUAUUUUGCAUGCUUAUCUGACACCGUUUGACAAAAUAUGUACCCCCUUGACUUUUCAUUCUGUUUUUUACAUUCAUAAACAUUUUACUGUACUCUUCUUUGUUUACCGGUUUUUUUCUGAGAGCUAAAUGUCAUACUGUAACUACAACAUAAAGCCAAUUUGUAUAAAUUCUGUUUUGUGCAAGUUGGUCUUAAGAACUCAGCUGGAGUGCAGAAGGAAUUAAAAGCCUCAGUUUGAUUUUA